GUUGAACCUCUGUGAUCAUCAUAUACGUGGAUGUUACCAAAAUCCGAUUAAUUGAACCAGUCGAUAAUUUGCAAUGUGGAAAUAUGCUUGCAGCAGAUAGUUUGUUAUAAGGAGUUCCAGACGUUUUGAGAAGAGAGAACGUCUAGGAAAUUCGCGCGUGGUGUUUCAUCAUUGGGAAGGAGAAGACCAGACUGUUUAAAACAUCUACGUAUAUACAAAAUUGUAGUUUGUAGAGUAAGCUGAUUUGUAUUCACGCGCUUGAUGUUUUAGGAAAAGUUUCACAGUUGUGAAUAGUUUCAAUAUCAGGAGAAUACUUAUUUUUGUUGAUGGGUAUAAGGAGGAAAGUAUUCGUUACGCGAAGGGUUCCACAGACGGGUGUCCAGCUUCUAGAAGAAGCCGGAUGCGACGUAACAUUUUGGGAUAGUGAUGAGGCGAUUCCGAGAGAGGAGCUUAUAGUGAGGAUAUCAGGCGUACACGGUCUGUUUUGUAUGUUGACAGACAUAAUUGAUGGAGAGGUCCUAGAUGCUGCAGGAGGUAGUUUACAGGUUGUUGCCACGAUGUCUGUGGGAUACGAGCAUAUAGACCUAGAUGCAUGUCGUGAACGAGAUAUACGUGUAUGUAACACACCAAAUGUGUCAACCGAUAGUGUAGCCGAGCUGACAGUGGCAUUACUAUUACUUACAGCAAGGCGGUUACUAGAAGGUGUACAGGCGGUCAAAGAUGGUCAGUGGGGAAAAUGGAAGCCCAUGUGGCUAUGUGGUAUGGAAAUGGCACAAAAGACGGUUGGGAUUCUAGGUCUUGGACGCAUUGGAUACGGUGUUGCAAGGCGACUCAAACCGUUUGGGGUUAAACGAAUUUUAUAUCAUGAUGUUUGCAGAGUCGGUUACGCAGCCGACAUUGGUGCUAGUUUCGUAGAGUUCGAUAAACUUUUGAGUGAAUCAGAUCUUAUUUGCAUUUGUUGUAAUCUUACGCCCCAAACAAAGCACAAAUUCAAUAAAUCAGCAUUCAAACAGAUGAAAAAGAAUGCUAUAUUAGUGAAUAGUGGAAGAGGCGGAGUUAUACAACACAAUGAUCUGCUUGAAGCAUUGGUUGCAGGCGACAUUGCUGCAGCAGGUCUAGAUGUUACGGAACCAGAACCACUUCCGGCGGAUCACCCUCUUGUUCAUCAUCCAAACUGCAUUGUUCUUCCGCAUAUGGGAAGUAACACAUGGGAUUCUAGAAUAAACAUGUCGGAAACCACAGCAAAGAACAUUCUGUCCAUUUUUCACAACGAAAAUGCCAUGGGUUUUGUGCAAUAGAAAAAAGCGAUAGAUAAACAAUUACUUUUUAGCGUCUUAAAAUCACAUGCUAAAUUAGACCUGAGUAAAUCACAUGCUAAAUUAGACCUGAGUAGUACAGUUUUGCUAAUUUGAAUUUGUUACAUAGAUAAAUACAAUAAUGUUGAAAUAAUCAAUUCAUGUUCUAUCACAUGUACAAUCAUAAGUGUGGAACUAAUUCAAAAUGAACGGACAACUGUGUCAAUAGACUGUUUUCAUAAAAAUCGUUUUCAACACCUGAGACGUUACCUGGGAUUAUAAAAAUAAUGGCAACCUGCCAACAAAUCCGAUUGUACUUUUGCUAGACACGUCAAUAUCAUUCUUUUAGGAAAUAAACGAAUAGUUCUUACUUUAAUUGAAAUGUAUAAAAUAGUUUUGUAUAGCUAAACAACUAUUUACUGGUACUAUAAAUAUUAAAUACAAAAUAUCAUAUAAAUGUCAUUGUCAUACCCGAAAAGAUUUUAUCAAAAAGUUGGUCUCAAUUGUUCUGGUAAAUCAAAGUAAACUCUAGAAGCUUCA